CUAGAAAAUCUAGUGUGUUUCUCUUGCCGCUAACUCUCCUUCUCUCUGUUUUCUCUUGCCACUGCUCUCACAGUCGCCUUGCUUCGUUUGUUUGUUUUUGAGCAUCUGGCCGGCCAUGGAUACAUCAUCUCUCGUGAUUAAUCAUCAUCAGUCUCUAUCUCGCAUCAUCAAACUUCCCCAUGUACCCAAAUCUUAUGCUUUCUCCUCCUUUCAAUCCUUUCAGACCAGACAACUCCUAAACAAGCAGCUCUCUUUCCGAGCUACAUCUCCUGCUGCGGUACAAAGAGACAACUACGAAACUGCCUCCUUCGUGGAAGACGACGACGAAUCAUACGGAGAAGUCAACAGAAUCAUCGGAAGCCGGAUGGCGGCAGGAGGAGGUGGCGCCGCCAUGGAGUACCUAAUCGAGUGGAAAGACGGCCAUUCCCCAUCGUGGGUCCCAUCCAGCUACAUCGCAGCAGACGUGGUGUCCGAGUACGAGACACCCUGGUGGACCGCCGCGAGGAAAGCCGACGACCAAGCACUCGCUCAGCUUCUCGAAUCGUCGGAAGGUCGCCGCGACGCCAACACGGUAGACGAAAACGGAAGGACGGCGCUCCUGUUCGUGGCGGGGCUUGGUUCGGACAAGUGCGUAAGGCUCUUGUCCGAAGCUGGAGCCGAUCUUGACCACCGGGACAUAAGAGGCGGCUUAACCGCGCUGCACAUGGCGGCCGGGUACGUGCAACCGGAUGCGGUGGCGGCGCUGGUGGAGCUCGGAGCGGAUGCUGAGGUGGAAGACGAGAGAGGGUUGACGCCGCUGGAGCUGGCGAGGGAGAUUCUGAAAACGACGCCGAAAGGGAACCCGAUGCAGUUCGGUCGUAGAAUAGGGCUGGAGAAGGUGAUCAGCAUUCUUGAAGAUCAAGUGUUCGAGUACGCGGAGGUGGAGGAGAUUUUGGAGAAGCGAGGGAGAGGGAAAGACGUGGAGUAUCUGGUGAAAUGGAAGGACGGUGGAGAUUGCGACUGGGUGAAAGGUGUACACGUGGCGGAAGAUGUGGUGAAGGACUACGAAGCUGGGCUUGAGUACGCUGUGGCGGAGAGGGUGAUGGGAAAGAGGAUGGGGGACGAUGGCAACACUGAGUAUCUUGUCAAAUGGACUGAUAUGGCUGAUGCCACGUGGGAGCCUGAGGAGAACGUUAACAUUAGCCUUGUGCAACUCUACGAACAAGAAGAAGAGGCUCAACCUGUUAAUGAGCUUGAGCUUGGGAUAAUUAAGGAAUAACGCCAUGAUUUUGGUUUUGUUUUGUUUUGUUUCUUUCUUUUGAAAUUUUCUUUUUAACUAAAUAUUUCACAAAAAGGGCAUUUGUCAACGAUGUGUUAGAAAAUUUGCUGAGAGUACUGGAACACCUGGUGAAUUCUAAUUUCACAAAGAAGCAUUUCUUAAUUAGUC